AUGUCAGUUUCCCUGGAGGUGCAACGGAUUUUGGAAGACACUUUGGGCAUUUUGCCGGAUACUACCCUCUUUGUGGAAGCAGUUCUCGUCGCCCUCCAAGACUUUUUCACAGGUCAACAUAUUCGUCAUCGGGCACCACUCUGUGUCGUCUGGUGUAGGGGGAAGACUUCGGACAAUUUUAUUGCUUCUUUACAGGAUGUCGUCACUUGUUGCAGAUCCUAUGCAGCCACCCGGACCACAGCAUCAGCCAUUCACGCGUCACCUAGUGAGAUAUGUGCAGUUUCCUCCCAAACAAAGCAGACAAGAUGGGAGAAAACUAACAGACCAUCAACCUCAGGCUGGACUGCGUCAUGUCAGGAUUUCCUUCACAUCGGUAUGCGCUCCACUCCUCACUCUUUCCAUACUGGAAACUAUGCGACAGAUGAAGAGUUGGUCCUCUACAACCAAUGCAUAGUCGUCCCCAGAGCCCCUCGCAGAAGUACCCUUGCUCAUCUUCAUGACAGUCACUGUGGUGCACGGUCUUCUGGCCAGGUAGUGAAGCAGAUAUCAAGAGCACUGCCCAAGCCCUGCAAGCCAUACCAGACCCUUCAGCAGAGUCAACAACACGAGCCGUUUCAUUCAGACGAUGUAUCCUCCAGGCCCUUCGAGUCCGUGUCCGCAGACUUUUUCAUAGUCGGUGGGAAGGCCUUCUUGGUGAUCGCGGACAACCUGUCUGGGUGGCCUACAAUCAUUCCUUGUGUGGCUGACACAUAUACAUUCAGGACCAUGUGGAUAUUUAAUUGCUAUUUCUGCGAAGUUGGUGUCCCCGUACGCCUCCGGACAGAUGGCUGGCCUCAGUUUUCCAGCUCUGAGUUCCAGUCCGUGCUGGCCACGUGA